UUGUAUUGGAUAAACGUAGACAUGUGCAUCAAUUAAAGUAUUAACAAUGUUUGUUCUUUACUGAAAGCAAGCAAUUUUUCAAUAGAAAUAUCGUUAAAAAAAAUGAUGCGUCUGGAAUGUAUGUGCAUCUCAUUCUAAUGUUAAGCAAUGAUAUUUCCAUCGCAUUAAUUACAAUCACACAACGCUUGUACUUCAUUUUUUUUUCGCUGUUAACAUUUUGAACCAAUUAAGGGUUGCCAUAAUAGUUGCUUUGUUUUUUUUUGUUUUGUUCAAGAGUUUCUUGUUUUUGUUAAUGGAAUUCAUUGAUUGGAGACAACCAGAACAAAUGCAAGACAACACAACCAGAGUGUGAAUCACAUGUGAAUGAAGUGCAGAUCAUGAGUGAUAAAUACAUCUUCGAGGAUGAUUCAUCAGUGGUGCAAAUGGAUAAUCAUGAUGAAGAUUUCAAUCCUGCAGGCAGUUCCACACUGUCCGAAACAUUCAUGUCAGCCCAAUCUGACAAUGAGACACAGUAUUUUUCUGUAUUUGAAAACAAUGAGACAAUCUUAGGAGAUAUGACUCAAGACAAUCUGGAAGUUCCACAUGUUGAUGAGAUAGCUGAAGAAUUUGAGUUGAACCAAGAAGCUGGAGAGGAUACUAGUUCUCAGGAAGUUGUGUUGUUCAGAGUGGAUGGAUCGGAUGCUCUGUAUGGUUUCCAGUUGGCUCAAGAUGAGGAAGGAAACUUGCAGAAGUAUCAGUUUCAAGUCCAGGAGAAUAGUGAGGGUCAAUUUGAACCUGUCCCAGGAACUAUAGAAGUUCUACCAUACUCAAGUGAAGAUGUUGAUUAUGUUGAAGAAGGCCAAGAGGAUUUAGACAAUACAAUAACUCCUGAACAGAUAUACAUUAAACAGGAAUUUCUAUCUUCGGAGGAGUCUCAGGAAGCAUUGAACAAUCUUGAGAAUCAUGUUGAUGAACAAUUGGAGCACUCAGGUGUGUUUUAUGAAAAGGAAGUUCCAUUAAUAAAAAAUAUUAAGGUGGAAGAUCCCAAAUCAGCGGAAUUGUUGGAUUCGUAUCAUAUGUAUUUGGAGAGUGAUCACACUGCCGAAGAGAUUCAGACCAAUCAAAUACAGACUGAAGAGCCCAGUGUUGACUUAGAUUACGAGGAUAUAUAUUUAACCGAUAGCCAAUAUGUGGCCGAGUCUCAUAAUCCUGAAAUAUUGGUGAAUAAUGAGGAUUCCGUUGAAGUGCAGGAAGAGCAAAAUGCGAUGGUCAAACAGAUUUUCUUGGAAACUGGAAAUGAUGACAGCUACGGUUCCGCCAGUACGUACUACGAGUCGAUCGAUGAAUAUCACGAUGAUCCUGAUCAGGAUAUUCAUAAUAACGUAGAGGAAGUGGACGAAGAAGAGGAGGAAUAUAUAUCUUAUGUGGUGAAGAGUCCAGAGAAAGAGAACAUAGAGGUCCCUAGGACGUACAGGACAAUUCAUAUGAAUCCUAGGAGCGUUUUGAAAUCGACGGCUUUGGCAUUAGCUGAGCAGCGACCACAGCCAGAGUACGACAAGAGAUUUGCGAAGGGGAAAGUGGCGAUGCAGGCUCGACAAAUGCAUAAUUAUAUUUCACAGACGAAGAUUUUGGAGGCACCGGUAAGAUUGGAACGUCUACCGCGGAAGCAGAAGAUCAAACCUCUUGAACGGGUUGGAGAGGAGAUUGUACUAGAAGAAGUGGUUGUCUCCUCCAAUGGAUUCAUUCAGAUAUCUAGAGACGGCGUUGUCAGGGAGCGCAAGCUGAUCGUACCGACGGCUUGCAUCCAGCUUAGCGAUUCCGAGGAAGAUGGGAAAGCUAAGAAGCGUAAGAAACGAAGCAAAAAAUCCAAACAGGUUGAAAUUGUUAUCAGCGAUUCGGAAGAUGAAGUCGUCAAACCGAAGUUGAAGAGGGACGAGGAAAAUGGAAAAAAAUUGGAGAACCAGUGUUCGAAGUGUCCGAAGAGUUUCCCUAGCGUUGGCAGUUUGAGAACGCAUCUACAGUACCACAACUUUGAGGAGUCUGAAAAGUUGAAACAAAAAGAAAGGACGGCCAGUAGCACAAAUAAAUAUAUGUGCGAGAUUUGCGGAGAUUGCUUCAAGAAUAUGGUAUUGCUCACGAGGCAUGUCUCUAUGCACAAUAAGAAGGUUGGGAAGAAGGAAUGCACUGUCUGCAAGAAACUGUUUGCAAACGCUCAGCAACUGACGGUGCACGGGCGAAGCCACGUGAAGGAGCAGAUGUUUAAAGCUACCACAACCUUUAACAAAACGCCAAAGAAGCAGCUGUUGAAACGCAGCAUAGCUAAGAGCAGUUUGCAGUGCCAGGACUGCGGCAGGACCUUCUCCACGAGUACCCUGUUGGAGUCCCACGUGAAAUUACAUAAACGUUUUGCGUGCAGAUCAUGUUCACUUACGUUCCUCUCAAAGUACCUUCUGGAUGCCCACAUGCGCACCAAGUGCGUAAAGUCACCUAUGCUCAAGUCGAAGAAAGUCAAAUUGAAAUCUCCACAUAUUUGGAAAUUGAAUUGUGAUAAAUGCGAUGCCGUCUUCUUCACCUACAGAGAUUGUUUCACACACAAGGUGAACGAGCACGGAUUGGUGGGAUCAGUUGGUAAGGCUGUUAGGAAGAGCACGUACAGUAGACCGAGUGAACACAGCGGAAUACCAGCCAGUAAACGACUGAGGGAGGCUUUCGCCGGCUUAAAGAAUACCAUACAGAAUAAUUGAUGAAAGCACUCCAUUCAGAGUGAUCUAAUAAGAAACCCCACAAUCGUUAAAAAAAAAUAUAAAGUGUUCUUAUUAUUUAACUCUAGCUGCAAGGACAUUCAAUGCCCACAUUUUUUGUAUUGGAUUUCAUUUGUUUAGUCCCCACAGCGACAUGAUUAAUGCCGUAACUGCCUUUAUUAAGGAUACGCAGCCGAAGCUGCCUGUUUGUUGUAUAUACUCUAUUUUUGAGAUGAGAAAACAAUUUCUCUGAAAAAGAAGGAAAUAUAUGCUUUGUUGAACUGAACUCUUUAAAUAUUCGAUAAUUAUGUUUUAGUUAAUAGUCUACGCAAACACCGCGUACACAGUUACAUAUGUUUUAGUUAAUGAUUUUUUUUGUAAUAAUCUAAGCAAAAAAAAAAUACACAAAGACAAUAUAAUGAAUUUUACUUCCCUAAUGGUAACGCAUACUUGUGAUAUUCCGGGAAGUAAAAACUAAUUCUCCAUUUGGGGUUUUCUAAAUAAACUAAGAUCACCGUUACACGACAGAAAUCCACAAUGUUUUCACACUAAAAAAAUGCAAAGUGUAUAUAUAUAUAUAAUAUUUUUAUAUUUAAG